CAGCCACACAUACGCAUUCGGUUAUCGGCGGCGGAUGUUAAUUUUUCUGAAACGAUAUUAGGCACCUCUGCGUCCGUACGCGCCGAUUUAGCUGGGGGACUAGCGAACGGAGGCGGCGGGAUAUGCGUGUGUGAAACCCCAGCCUGCUCUAGCUUCUUUUUGUCCUGCUGCUCGGUGGUGGACGGACCGAGGGACGGAGGGACGGACGGAGGCCAUGAUGGGAGCCUGAGCCCGAGACUCGUUCAGCUGGAGCAACGAGAGCAGCGAGGAAAAAAAAAGGAAAAGAAGAGAAGAAGAUGAUUCCCCGGGACGGAACUACCACUGUCAAACCAGCCUGUGCACGCUUCUGAUCCGUGUAUAGUCUAUAUACAUAUAAGGUGGAGCCUGUCACUUUUUUUUCGGAUGUGUUCAUGGCAAUCGGUCGAUGACAAUGUUGAAUCGUUAGGAGGCUUUUGGAUCGAGAAGGAGGUAGCAUUAGCAUUAGCUAACCCGUGGAUACGGGUUUUGAGAACCGGUGACUUCUCUCUUCUCCGCUGCCCACCGCGGCAGCCGCCUUUGAGCCGCCGUCCCACAUCUACGGGCUUUUCCCGAGGACAUCUGCAUGCAUUUUAAUCGGGGGUGUUUGCAAGACGAAUCGCAGGGUUGGGAAAGUCGGGCCUGCACGGAGGAGCGGAGCGAGGCCCGUCUUUCUGGUCCAGAGGAAGAGCCUUUCUAAUCCUACCCGCGGCCACCACUGCGAGCUGUGCUGGCUGUGGCACGACCCCACGAGGACCUGCACGAUCCAGACCCACAGACUGCGACAUAUUACAGGAGACGGGCGAUACUAGAUAAACCUGACAUCUACAUUUACCCCACACGGACUCCUAUCACCUGCUACAAUGGCUGCGAUUAUAAAAGAAAUGGUCAGCCGGAACAAAAGGAGAUACCAGGAGGAUGGUUUCGACCUGGACUUAACGUAUAUCUACCCAAACAUCAUCGCUAUGGGCUUUCCAGCAGAGAGACUCGAAGGCGUGUACAGAAACAAUAUAGACGAUGUAGUACGGUUUUUGGAUUCAAAGCAUAAAAACCAUUACAAAAUCUACAACCUCUGCGCAGAAAGACACUACGACGCUGCCAAAUUUAACUGCAGAGUUGCACAGUACCCCUUUGAAGACCACAACCCUCCUCAGCUGGAGCUCAUUAAGCCCUUUUGCGAAGACCUGGACCAGUGGCUCAGCGAGAACGACAAUCACGUGGCGGCCAUCCACUGUAAGGCCGGGAAGGGCCGCACCGGGGUCAUGAUCUGCGCUUACCUCCUCCACCGCGGCAAGUUCAUGGAGGCGCAGGAAGCACUCGACUUUUACGGAGAAGUCAGGACAAGGGACAAGAAGGGAGUAACGAUCCCGAGCCAGCGCCGCUACGUCUACUACUACAGCUACCUACUGAAGAACCAGCUCGAGUACAAGCCGGUGGCGCUCCUCUUCCACAAAAUGGUGUUCGAGACUCUCCCCAUGUUCAGCGGGGGCACCUGCAGGGACAGUACCGUUAAAAACAGGAGCGAGCCGACCCCUCAGGGCUUCAAGAAAGGGAAUUGGCAUUGGGAUCCGCAGUUUGUCGUCUACCAACUUAAAGUUAAAAUCCACACGUCGAACCCCAGUCACACGAGGCGCGAGGACAAGCACAUGUUCUUCGAGUUCCCCCAGCCGCUGCCGGUCUGCGGGGACAUUAAAGUGGAGUUCUUCCAUAAACAGAAUAAAAUGAUGAAGAAGGACAAAAUGUUUCAUUUUUGGGUGAACACAUUCUUUAUUCCCGGACCGGAGGAGAGUCUGGACAAGAUCGAGAACGGCGCGGUGAACAAUUCGGAGAGCCAGCAGCAGGGGGGACUGCCGCCGAGAUCGGAACCGGGACCAGGACUGGAACCGGGGACGAGAUCGGAACCGGGACCAGGCCAGGGCAAGCCGCAGAACGCGAGUCAGAACGAGCCCAAGGAUGCCGGCAGGGAUUCUGGCAGGCCCGUUGGUAGGGAAAGCUGCAGGGACAUAAGCAGGUCCAUCGGCAGGGGCGUUGGCAGGGACAGUGUCAAAGAAAGCGACAGGGAAAGCGACAGGGACUACCUCAUCCUGACGCUCACUAAAAAUGACCUGGAUAAGGCAAAUAAGGAUAAAGCUAACCGCUACUUCUCGCCAAACUUCAAGGUGAAGUUGUACUUUACGAAAACCGUGGAGGAGCCGAACUCUGAGGGUAGCACUUCGACAUCCGUCACCCCGGACGUUAGCGACAAUGAGCCAGACCAUUAUCGAUACUCUGACACCACUGACUCUGAUCCGGAAAAUGAACCUUUUGACGAAGAGCAGCACACGCAAAUCACAAAAGUGUGAACUCUUUUUAAAACAGGAAAAAGAAGAAAUUAUACACCAGAAAAAAAAAAAAGGAGAAAACUUGAAUAUAAACUCAAAAGAAGAACCUUUGUCCCUUCCCUCCCCCAGAACGGCAAUAGAAUAUCAUCAUGUCAAAUGCCAAUUUUAGGGAAAAAAAGAUAAAUAUCCUGACCAAUAUAUUGUUUUUUUAUUUUUCUUUUUUUUCUUUGGCACGGCCAUGUACCAUGUGCGAGGUAUUGACACUGUUGCCCCAUGGGAAAAGGUGCUGUAGCUAUAAAAAUGUGUUUAUAUAUAUAUACAUGCGCGUAUGUAUAUACAUAUAUACAUGCAUAUAUAAACAAACUUUUUUGUGUCAAAGACAAUUGAAAGAGUACCACAAUCAGGAGACGGGAGUUGAAGUGUGGGAGAAGUUAGAAUGAUAUACUAGGACUAUGCUGCUCCUUCUCCUGUCUAAACCAAGGCCAGUGCUGCAGUCACUUUGUUUCACUCUCUCUUCUCCUCCUACCCCCCCUCCCUCUCUCAUCUUUUACUCCCCCCCUCCCCUCCUCCUCCUCCACUCUCCCUCCUAUCCUCCUUCCUAUAUUCCUUUACUGUGAAUGCUUCUUGUGCUCUUUGCAGGCUGUCUCACGUGACUUUUGGCCUUUGUGCAGUGCAAACUGCAUGCGGGCAGUGGGUUAGGGGGUGGGCGGGGUUAUGAAGAGGCUGUGAUGAUGUCUAAAGCAUUGCCAUUCCUGUUCCCACUGUGUACAUGUUUUAAAUUAUGCAGAACAAGGCAUCCCAUGUAAUUGUUAAUGUUUUUUUUAUCCUAAGAUAAUAAAAAUAUAAUACACAAAACAGCAGGGAGACAAGUGUUUGCAAUAAUGUCGACACUACAUUUAAAGGACAAUGGUGAUUUGCAUGUAUUGGAAUUGGCGUCCAUCCCUAAUAAAUGUAUGCAAUGUUGUCUUUUCUUAAAGAAA